AAUAUUGAUAUACUUAAAUAUGAUUCAUGUGAACGACGUGCUAUAAUCAGAGUGCCUGCAGAGCAAUAUGUUAAAUUGAGGAGCUCCUUAACUUUAUGCAGUACAUAUGAAAACAUCAGUUGUGCAUAUAAAAUCCAUAAUAUUUCUCCUUCCUUGCUAUCAUUAAUUGGUAACAGUAGAACCUAUAGUCAUUAGCUCUAAUUACGUAUUAAAGUAAAGUAAAAUACUGAAGAUGUCUUAUUGUGAGAAAAAAGAUGGUGGCAAAGACAUUGUUAUUUUUGCAACGAAAGAAGAUCAUGAAGUACCGAGUACGGUUACAUUACCUGAACCAGAGCCGUCACCUGGGUUGAUAUUGCCAAAUGGUGAAAUUAAUUGGAAUUGCCCAUGUUUAGGAGGCAUGGCCACGGGACCUUGCGGAGUUUCAUUUAGAGAAGCAUUUUCGUGUUUUCAUUAUAGUGAGGCUGAUCCGAAAGGUAGUGACUGUUUUGAGAAAUUCAAGGAUAUGCAAGAUUGUAUGUCACAAUAUCCAGCUCUAUAUAAUAAACAAACCGGAGAUGACGAUGAUGAUGACAGUCCUUUAGACAAAGCAUUUGAUCAGAGCGGCCAAGAGACGAUAGAUACUUCAAAAGAUGUAGAAAUUGAGAAAACAAGUAUACAAAACAAAUCUGAUUCUGUAUAAAAUUUGUAAUUUCUUGAAGUUAUAAAUGUCACAUAUGCCUGAUAGAAUUUAGUAUUGUUUAAAAUUUAUGAUUAAGUUUAUUGUAAUAGAUGAAAUGAAUUA